AAAUUGGUUUAUUAAAUUUCUAAUCGUCUUAGUGAUAAGUUGCUCAAAGCUUACAAAAUGUCAGAAUCAAUAUUUGAUGAUAAAGAAUUUGUGUAUACAGAUGACCAGAAGCAAAAGAUUUCGGAAUUAAGGAUACUCGUUGAAGAUUGCUGUGAACUUGAAAUUGGAACGGAGGAUGUUUUCCUGUCAAAGUUUCUCUAUGCAGCUCAGUGGAAUGUACAGAAUGCAUAUGAAAAUAUUCAUCGAUAUUAUGACUUUAAGAAUUUAUAUCCAAAUUGGAUAGCAAGUCAUCCAAUUGAACAAUAUAAGGAUCAAUUUUUAGUUGAUAAAUGCAGAUUUGUAAUGCCAAAACCGGAUAAAGGUGGCAGAGCAAUAAUGAUAAUUAAAUCCAUUGAUUUAUUUGAUAAAUAUCCAAACUAUUUCUAUGAUCUCGUUGAAAUUGAUGAUUUAAUAUUUGAAUCGUUGUUUUUGCUGCCGCAAGUACAAAAAUGUGGAAUUAAUAUGAUAUUUGAUUUACUCGAGGCAACAAAAAACAUUAUAAAAUUAGUAUCACCUUCCAACUCAAAAAUGAUGAACAAAAAGAAUGAAGUCCUCCCCAAUACAAAUCGAGCUUGUCAGCUUCUUCAAAAAGGCUUCCUAAUGAACACAGCGACCUCUAUGAUAAUGCCAUUUAUGGAAAAAUCUUUCAGAGAUACUAUCUCCCAUCAUGAUGGGAAAAAUUUGAAAAAAUUUCGAGCUGCCCUUGGUGAAGAAUACGUUCCAGCAAUUUAUGGAGGUCCGGAAAAAAACACCUUGGACGAGAAUCUCAUUUGGAAUCAUAUUAUGGCAAAUCGAGACUACUUGAUGAAAUUACAAACAUACAAGAAAGUUGUAAAGAAAUAAAAUGAUAAAUUAAAUGUAAA